AUGCCGUACACUGCGCCGGCUCCGUUGUUAACUGCUCAGCUCCAUCCCCAUCUAGCUUCUGCUGGUCCCUUAGCCACUACACGUCGCCAUGGACGACAGAAUUCUGAGCCAGCUAUGAACUCUUCAGGAAGUCCUCCACCACUUCAGCGAGCCCAUUCGUCAAGCUCUUAUAUUUAUCGUCAUCGACGAAGCCUUGUCGUUUCCCAAAACACAUCAAGUUCUGGAGAGCUAGGGAUAGAAUCGAAAGACGGGAGGAGGAACAGCCCAUCACCAACCAAUACCCCUCACGCGGCACUAUGGAAAUCUCCUUCUGGUGCGAUGAUCCCGACCGGGGUAGUUAUCUCACCUCCCGAUUCGAAAUCUAAUUCGAGUGAUGACGAAGAAACUACAACUCCAGGGUCGCAGAGGCUCAUCUUGGCAGAUUUUGAGGCAGCAAUCAUGUCCAUUGAUCAGAUCUCCCUCCAAACUCCCACCAAGAAACGGGGGCCCGUCAAGCCUUCCCCAAAAAUACAACGAACUCCCUCACCCCUAGAUUUAUCGUUGGCAUUAGCUGCAGAGGUGAAAGGGCCCCGUGUUAAAGCUCAUUUGGAAGAAGAUGACUUAAGUAUUCCCGGCCUCAACACACCUAAUGGGGUUAUCCAUGCUCAUUCAUCAGAGAUUGCUACCCACACCCCUGAAGACAGCGACCGUGGGGAAGAUGAAAUGGAACUUGCUCUGAAACCUUCAAUGGUCCGAAAGAAGUCAGGAGAGUUGGUGAGGCCUGCCCUCCGGCCCAAGAGAAGGCCGUCUAGUGCACCAGGAACUCCAAUGUUUUCAAAGGCAGUUCAUUUCGACUCCCAGUUGGAACAUAUCCGCCAUUUUCUCCAGGUCGACAAGCCUCUGGCCGUUAGUGCUGGUUCCUCUCCCAUAGAGACCUAUGACGGUGACAACGAAUUUCCCUUUGGCAACAGUGAUGAUCGACCUUCUCAGCCAAACCUCUUUGAAUGGGACGCUCGGAUAGCUAAUUUCCCAGUGGAUCAGGAAGCGAGAAAACAUAUGCCCGUUCGACUGGAACGGAUAUUCUUAUCGCCAGGUAACAAAUGCCUGGUUGGUGUUGUUGCAGUGGCCAACAUCUCCUUCCAGAAGCAUGUUGUUGCAAGAUUCACCUCCGACUACUGGAAAACGACCUCUGAGGUCAUUGCAGAGUAUAACAACGACGUUCGCCGGAAAGAAGCAAACGAUGGAUACGACAGAUUCAAUUUUAGCAUCCAUCUAGCGGAUAUGGGAAACCUUGAAACUAAACGAAUGUUCAUUUGCAUACGUUAUAACGUGAACGGCCUCGAAUUCUGGGACAACAAUAACACAAUGAAUUACCAUGUGGAUUUUUGCAAAAAUCCCAAGCAGCGGAAUAAGGGAACUCAAGCUGGAAACAGCCCAGGUCCUCGACCCACAAGCACAUUACCCAGGAGCAGGCCCUCUGAUCCUCUUGCCUCACGUUCACGAUCAGUUCCCCCGUUUCCUGGAGACUUUGGCAAGUCUCCUCCCUCACCUGCAUUACCAGACCGCCGCCUUGAACUAGAAAAGCCGCCCGCGAAACCACCACCUUGCAAGGAUGACUGUUUCCUCGAAACACCAAUCCGUCGAAGUUCAACUGCCUCUCAGACUUUUGGGAACCGGUAUGACUUUGGAGCAUCCCUGUCAGCUGCUAUGCAGCCUGGCAGCGUCGACCAGACCCGUCGUGGUAAGCGUUCCGACCAGGCAGUGAAAUAUAUGCCAGAGUCGACGUCAACCACCUCGAUUACAAACAAUGCACCUGCGGUGUCAAAACCUGAAGGAGGCAAGCCAGCGAGGCCUGAUGAAAAAUUCGAGCCUACCGCGGCAACCUCUCCAGGAGCUUCCUCAAAACUUAGUACAUCUUCGCCUGGUCCAAUGAAGCCUACCGAUAUUGUUUCGGGACAGCCUUAUCAUCAGUCGCCUAUGUACAAGGAGCUCGUGGAUAAGUACUGCUUCUAUGGAUCUUCCAAGACAGGUUCUCUGUCUACCACUCAUUUCUCACGACGCCACCACCACCAAAGCGCGACUCGGAACGCAACGACCCCAGGAAACAAUGAUUGUGUCUCGAGCUAUUCCACCAUCACUCCUUCAUCGAAAGAUAAACCAUUAUCUGCCGAUUAUAAACCGUCGACAGCGACAGCAACAGCAACAACGACAACAAAUCCAGACAACAACAACCGAUCAACAACCAAGCAUACUUCUCUCAUUCGAUCCCAGGGGGGUGCCGGUCUCACUACUACUAGCCCAUCGUCUUCCCCACCCUCAAAUUACUCUACCCACCCGCCGUAUCAUCACCAGUCUAUGCAGAAGACAUUUUUCUCUGAAUCUCUUACCCUGACUUUUAUUUGA